AGAGGAACCGGAAGCUCUGCGCAGGGGCAGCUUCUGGCUACCCAGAGCUGAUCAGAUCAUCUAAAUUAUAAUAUCAGUAAUUAUGACACUAACGGUUCUGACUUCUGCCUUCAGGCUGAAGCCUCUUUGCAGAUUGCAGCGAAUCCAGGCUCACCUGAUGUCGGCUCACGUGGAACCGGUUCUGGGGAAGAAAGCGGGCCGGGCCGCAGUGAUCACCAUGAACCGACCCAAAGUCCUGAACGCGCUCAACCUGAGCAUGAUCCGGCAGAUUCACCCGCAGCUGCAGAAAUGGGAAAGUGACCCAGAGACGGACAUGGUGAUCAUCAAGGCAGCAGGAGGGAAAGCCUUCUGCGCUGGAGGAGACAUCAGAGCCGUCACAGAAGCAGGGAAGGUCGGCGAUUCCCUCGCGCAGGACUUUUUCCGGGAGGAAUACCUGCUGAACAACGCCAUAGGAUCCUACAGGAAGCCGUAUGUCGCCAUUAUUGAUGGAAUAACAAUGGGAGGGGGCGUCGGCCUGUCGGUCCACGGACGCUUUCGGGUCGCCACUGAGAAGACGCUGUUCGCCAUGCCGGAGACCGCCAUCGGGCUUUUCCCUGAUGUGGGAGGCGGCUACUUCCUGCCGAGGCUGCGGGGGAAGCUGGGGCUGUUCCUCGCCUUGACGGGCUUCCGCCUCAAAGGACGGGACGUCCAGCGCGCCGGCAUCGCCACUCACUUCGUAGAGUCUAAGAAGAUCCCAGAGCUGGAGCAGCGGCUGGUUGGCCUGAAGUCUCCAUCGGACUCAGACGUCUCCCGACUGCUGGAGUCCUUCCAGGCGCAGAGUGAUCUGGACUCUGAUAAACCGUUCGUCUUGGACAAACAUACGUCUGAAAUUGACAGGCUGUUCGGCGCCAGCAGCAUGGAGGGAAUCCUGCAGAACCUGAAGGCCGACGGAUCCGACUUCGCUAACAAACAAGUCGAGAUUCUGUCCAGAAUGUCUCCCACUUCGCUGAAGGUCACCUUCAGGCAGCUGCAGGUCGGCGCCGCCAUGAGCCUGCAGGACGUGUUGGUGAUGGAGUACCGGCUGAGCCAAGCCUGCAUGAGAGGCCAUGACUUCUACGAAGGCGUUCGGGCAGUUCUGAUCGACAAAGACCAGAACCCGCGCUGGAGCCCGCCGUCGCUGGACCAGGUCUCCGACUGCUUUGUGGACGAAUGCUUCGCCUCGCUGGGGGAGAAGGACCUGAGGUUCUGACCAGCCCACCGCCGGGCCUCUUCUCAACCAUCAGAACCAUCAGAACCAGACUCCUGGAUCGGAGCAGCUCUCUGGAGCCGGCAGAGGAAGUGACCUCACCGCUGAGUGCUUUAUGGCUUUUCCCCGGGGUGUCGGCUGAUGCCACUCGGAUCGCUCUCCAACACAAACACUAUUGAUUCAGUUCUUUUGUAAUUAUUAAUAAUGCAGCAACAGGAUUUAUUAGUGACUGCAGAGAAAUCAAAUACAGUUUCAUCAAACUGAAAUCUGUUUUCUGCUUUAUUUCUAAUCUGCUAAUUGCUCUGUGGUGAAGCCACUUCCCCAAACAUGGCGUCUGCAGCUCUGCAUUAUUCAUAAGUCAGAAGCACAAAGCAAUAAAAAAGUUUAUUACUUAUCAACAUUUUUUCAAGGUAAAAACAGGAAGUGAUGCGUUUGCAUGUCUUAUUUUAAAGUUUAAUUACCAGAGCAGAUCAUCUGCUGCUCACCGGAUCCUGGAAUAUAAACAAAUAAAAUCACAAACAGUUUUUAUUUAUCAAAAACAGAAAAAUGCACCAGUCAUAGCAUUCUGUUAGCAUUAGCUUCAGCGGCUGACGUCUUGGUAACCCUGAUGUCCAGAUGGUUUCUCCUCUAAAUAUUUAGCUUAGCCUGAGAUCUGUUAGCCCCAAGCUAAACAUUUAGUUUUAUAUUUAGCUUGCUAACUAAGCUAUCUAAUUUCAUCACCAUUUAGUUUGGGCUGUAAAUCUGUUUGCCAUCUUAAUAUGUAGCUUCAGAUUUAUUAGCAACAAGCUAAAUAUUUAGUUUUUUAAAUUAUUAGUUAACAAGCUAAAUGUUUAAUGUUGUUACUAAACAUUUAGUUCUUGAUCUCAAUAUUUAGUUUGAUAAAUGUGAGUUAACAUCUAGAUUUACUCUUUGAACCACAUUAGUUUGCUAACUGAAUAUUUAGCUAAAUAUCCUAAAUAUUUCAUUUGAAAGUAUUUAGUUUGUUUUCCAGGCUCAGCUCUCCUGAUGCUCAGAGCCCCAAGCAUCAUUCUGCCGCUGCCGUGCCUGGAGUUUGUCCCGUGUUCUUGCCCUGGCAGCCAUUUUGUUUUUUUGGUUGGCUUGCUGCCUCAGGUUGGUGAAUCUGUAAACUGUGUUCACUUCCUGCUGGCAGCUUCCUGUUCUGUCCUCACAGGUGAGUCUCACCUGAAGACGUUUUAGUGUUUCCUAAAACUGAGGCUCUGCAGCUGAGCGCAGUUUGUCCUGCGCUCAGCCUGACCUUUGACCCGCUCUAAAGCAAACACUGGGGCUGAAGGCAUGACUUCAGGCUGACGGUUCAGGCUGGAGGAGAGAGGAAUCGCUGCUCCUCCAGGAUAUUUAGUUACUCUAAGCACGUGGAAAUAUGUCAUUUGCAAGCAAAAUGUUGCUGACUAGAUAUUUACAUCCAAGCAAAAUAUUUCACUCUGAGCUGAAACUGACAUUUAUGAAUGAAUAAAAUAACUUUUUUGUUUUU